AUGAUGCAGAAACAUACACCGGCUUCUUGUGACUUCAAAAUUGCCUCAAUGUUGAAGCUAGCUUUGAUUGGAGAUGGAGCCACCGAUAAUAACAUCUUCUUAAUCAAUGGAAUGGGGAAACAGAUUUGCAGCAAGAGUUACCAGAAACGCUCAACUAGUGGCGUCCCACGUACCCAAUCACCCUGUAUCCAAUUGAAGCAAAAUCGGUCUGCUAUUAAGAAAGCACCGGAAGGUUACAAGCCACCUUCAUAUGAAAAAGCUAGAACUUCGUUGUUUGAUCAAUGUGUGAGAGAAGUGGGAAAAGAACUUGAUCCGGUCAAAGACACGUGGUUAACACAAGGAGUAUCCGUUAUCUCGGAUGGUUGGUGGAAUGUAAAAAGUGAACCGCUUAUAAAUGUUAUUGCACAAAAUUCACGUGGUGCAACUUUUAUGUACGCGGAGGCCUUUUUGGGGAUUGAGAAGACGGUGUUGGAGAUUGCUAAGUUUCUUCGACAAGCUAUUGAGGAGAUUGGUCCAAGUAGUGUAAUUCAAGUUGUAACCGAUAACGCGGCGAAUUGUAAGGCGGCUGGACGGGAAAUACAGAAGACAUGGCGAAGCAAUUUGAAUGGCUGGCCGAUACAUAUAACAGAGGGAAGGGUUGCACAAACACGAUUUGCAUCGCGUUACAUAUUAUUGAAAAGACUAAUCGAGUGUAGGGAAGCACUUGCUACUACUAUCGUCGUGAACUCGUGGCGGGAAUGGGUAAACAAGGCGGAUGAGCACAGUCGGGUACUUGCUAAUAAAGUGGCAGAUACAAUUAAAGAUGAAGAUUUUUGCGAUGAUAUUGCUCACAUUUUGGCUAUCACAAAACCUAUCUUUUACAUUGUAAAGUUUUGUGAUGGUGAAGGUCCGAAAAUGGCAGAAAUAUAUGAACGAAUGGACAAUAUGAUGGGUCAAAUCAAAGAGGCUAUGACUAUGAGGGAAUUUUUUUUAAAAUUCUCAAUGUAUUACAAUAAAGUUGAAGAAAUUGUGCUCGAAAGGUGGGACAAGAUGACUAUCGCCCUCCAUUGUUUAGGAUUUGCUUUAAAUCCUAAAUAUUAUGACAAGCAUUAUCUUGCAAGGUUGGCACUAGGAGGCAUGAAAAGAAAUCCUCCCAACGAAGACAGAGAAGUUAUUAUUGGUGUUUUGAAAGCAUUUGAAAAAUUUUCAAAGAGUGAAGAAGAAGAGAAACAGUUGAGAGAGCAAUUUGCAACCUUUCACAUGAAGAAAGAAAUCUAUUCAUUGGCCGGGACGCAAGCCGAUGCAAUGACUAUGGACACGAUUGAUUGGUGGGCAACAUAUGGAGCAGAGACUUCGGAUCUGGCGGACGUGGCAAAACGAGUCCUCUCGCAGUCGAUUAGUAGCUCUUCGACUGAGAGGAAUUGGAGUAUAUACUCUCAUAUACAUAGCAUCAAAAGGAACCGUUUAAAUGACCCAAGAGCGGAUAAACUUGUAAUCUUACAAAGCCGGACCCAACAAAAAUGGGACAUCAAUCCGGAAAGUGAUCACAUUGAAUGUUCAAGUGCUCGUCUAGAGGAAAUGGUGUGGGAGAACCUUGAUGAUGAACGCGUGGAGAAUGAAAGAGGAAAAAGGCAGCGAAUAAACUAG